CAAUUAUUUAACGAUCAUCAGUUUGAAAUCGCCGUCGCGGUGGUUGACAUCUCCUCUCCGUCCGCAACCUCAACCGGAGGGAAGGGAAGGGAAGGGGAAAUCACGGAAAUUUGUUGCUGUUUUAUUGUGAAUUCUGUAGACAGACGGCGGAGGGGAGGCGAAAGAGGCAAGGAAAGUGAACACAGUGGCGGGUGGAGCUAAGAGGAUGAUAACGCGGUCAAAAUUGGCGGAGCAGCUGAGAGAGUAUCAGCUUCGAUCCAAGCACGAUUGGGCUUCCGCUUCGUUUUUCUUGUCCACCUCCAAUCUCGCUUCUUCUAGGGUUGAUGUUGCAGUCUUUGUUAUAUGGGAGCUUCUUAUUUUAGCAGUCUUUGUAUUCUCAGCUGUUUCAUUAUAUUUUAGGCAUUUAAGGCUUGCAAUUUUUUUGUUGUGCAUUACAACGCUAUUGCUUUUAACCAUGAAAAUUACAAAGCAAAUUAGACUAGCUCGCAAAAAGCAAAGGAGGAUGCUUCUUCCAUUAUCAAUGUAGUAGUUAGUUGCCCAUGAAUCGGAAACUGAAUCACAUGUAUCAACUUCCAUGUAGAUUGGUAAGUUCUCAGCUGCUGCUUUGGUCAGCUUCUCCA